GACCAGCAUGCAUGAGAAGAAAGUUAUGGAAUUAAUGCUAGACUACUUAUAAAACACGUGUCCUUCAUAGUGUAAUUGUAGUAGUUGUAGUAGUAAUAGCUCUCUCCCACUCAAACUUCUUACAUAUACAUUCCCUCUCAAGUCUCAACUCCACUGGGUGUUCUUUUUCUUUCCCUUGAUAGUCAUAUAGAUGGGAUCAGUUUCACUGAAAAUUGGUGAUGGCACAGCCAGAUUCAACAGAGCAACUCUAUGUUCUUCAGCUGUUAAUCUUCUCAUGUUAUUCUCUAUUAUCACCACCAAUCUUUUUGCUUUAUAUGCUUUCACAUCUUCACCAGAGCCAGAGCACCACUCUUUUCACCUUUCUCAUCAAAAAAACAUCUCACUCAUCUCAGAACAAGUCUCUUUGAUCCUAAGAGAGAUUGAUGCUUCCCAGAAAAAACUUACCCAGAUGGAAAAAGAUCUUCUUGGUUAUGAAAGCAUUGAUCUUUCAGACCCUAGUAUCCCAACUGAGCUCAAGAACUUUUUACAGCAUCAUCAACUUCCUUUAGGUAAAGAUUCAAGAACUGGGAUUACUGAAAUGGUUGCAUCUGUGGGGCAUUCUUGUGGGAAAUCUUUAGAUUUGAUGGCCCAGUUUAUGAAGUAUAAGGUUAAUGGGCCUUGCCCUGAAGAUUGGAGUCUUGGUCAGAGACUGAUUUUGCAAGGAUGUGAGCCUUUACCUAGGAGAAGAUGCUUUGCUAAGUCAAUUCCUAAGGUUGGUUUACUUCCUUAUCCUAAUUCACUUUGGAAAAAUUUUAGUGAUAGUAUUUUUAGUUGGAGUGGUAUUGGUUGUAAAAACUUAGCAUGCUUGAAUAGUAAGAAAUUAAAUAGGGAUUGUGCUGGAUGUUUUGAUCUUGUAAAUGGUUAUGAAAAAGGGAAAUUUGUUAAGGGUAGGGGUAAAAAUGAUUUCUUGAUUGAGGAUGUGUUGGCUUUAGGGAGUGGGGGAACAAGAAUAGGAUUCGACAUUGGAGGUGGCUCCGGAACUUUUGCUGCUAGAAUGGCGGAAAAGAAUGUAACUGUAGUUACAGCUACUUUGAAUGUGGAUGCACCGUUUAGUGAGUUUAUUGCAGCUAGAGGGCUUUUUCCAAUAUACCUUAGUAUUAAUCAUAGGUUCCCUUUUUACGAUAAUGGGUUUGAUUUGGUUCAUGCUGCAAAUGGGCUAGAUAUUAGUGGCCGUCAGGAAAAAUUGGAGUUUUUAAUGUUUGAUAUUGAUAGGAUUCUGAGGGCUGGUGGUUUGUUUUGGUUGGAUAACUUUUUAUGCACUAGUGAUGAAAAGAAGAAGGUUCUUACUAGGUUGAUCGAACAAUUUGGAUAUAAGAAGUUGAAAUGGGUUGUGGGAGAGAGGAUAAAUGGAGGAGGCAAUUCAGAGGUGUAUUUAUCAGCAGUUCUACAGAAACCAGUUAGAGUAUGAUAGGAAAAUAGGUUUGUGGAAUUUGAGAUGGUGGUUAGUAAUUCAGAUUCUCGUCACACAGAUUUUGUGUAAGCUUAUAACUAAAGUUUAUCAUGAUAGUUCUUUCUCAGCUUGCAAUAAACAUAGUGCAUUUGUUGUUAACAACAAGAACGGAUGAUGAAGAUUAAUACAAAGAAAGGUGUUACCUAAAUAGAGAUUUUUUUUUCCUCUAUCUGGAUGGGAUUAUAGGAAUUCAGAAAGCAUGUCAUUGGAGAAAUACUACAUACACAUAAUUAUCAUUUUAUAUCUGACAAAAGUGAAAAAAAUCUGGAAUUCUAGCCUGUUUAACCGCUUCCUGAACUAUGCUGGAACUCUUGUAACAUACUUAUAAUGUCAUAUAUCUUCUUCUAUGAAUAUCAAGGAUAUGAAAUUUGAUAAGUUAGAAGUUAGAAUUUAAAGUUAGUAUCUGUUUAUUGUCCUCUGUAUCGUGUCUUCCUAUGUGAUGGUGAUUGUUGAUGUUUAGAAGUAAACCUUGACUCUUAUAGUUGUCAUGAAAUAUUUUCCCUGCAGUGAAUAUAUGAAAGGAGUUUACAUAGUUAUGUUCUAUGUUUUCCGCAGCAUGAUAAGUACUAUCACAUAACCAAGAAAUAUGAUAAGUCUAAUGCAACGUUGCCUCCUGUUUCCCAUUUUCCCUUCUUAUUUACUUUAGAUAGACCCCAACUUAUUGGUAUUAGACCUGCUGCAAACUACCUUUCUAUCAUGAAGAGGGUUCCUAAGAGCACCAGAUAUUGGUAACUUGGUGGUUCGUGUGAUUAGCUCUCUGUAAAUAACGAGUAAACGGGGGCAGGAGUGAACGCUGAGGGCCAGUCAGAUCAGGUAGAUAUGAAAGUUUUUCUUUUAUUCUUCGUUCUUUAUUUUUCCGACUUCAUCACCCUGCUGCUAUCUAUCCGUCAGCUAUCUAUCCGUCAUCAAGUGCUCUGUGCAGAAAAUUUCCAGGGACAAAUAAUGUAGUUUUAGGUUACACUCAGUCAUAACUAUGGAUUAGUGAUGAUUUUAAACUUGGCGUAUGGCUGUUGGUUAUAACUCAAGCCUCAUUUCCUUUUCUCGUUCGAGUAUUUCUGGUUUGUUGCAACAGAAGUUUGGGAGCCUGUUUCGGUACCCCUGCUUCUCUUCUACUUGUGUAGUCUUGUGUGUAGUUUGUUCAGUUUGUUUUCUGGUAUCAUAAAUCUCUUUCUUUCUCUUUAAUAUUUAGACAGUAUCCCAGUAAUCUGGAAUGCAAACCUUGGGAUUUUGUUUUGCGACUAAUACAAAAUUUUAAAAAGCCUGGUUGAGGAGAGUUGAUAUGCAAUAAAGAGUACAAUAAACAACUGAGUUUUCAUAAGCUUAUCAACCAAAUUUCAAUACAUUUCAACUUGAGCUUAAAUAUGUCCAAGAUUAUAUUAUCUCGUCCUAAAGACCUUUAAAACCUCAAAUGUAUUUCUUGCUGCUUUAGAGUAAUAUCCGAAAUAAAAAAGCAAAAAAAAAAAAA